UACACCAAAGCUUGUCUUCUCAAAGUACUCUGUUUUAUCUCAUUUCUCAGCAAAUACAUUCCAAUGGAAACCCACAAGGCCAUCGCCAACCUUUUGUUCCUCACCCUCACCAUUUUGUCUGCCACAUCAGCAAGAAUUCUCGACGAGCAACCAGCAGUGCCCGUGGUUCCACCAGAAGCAACCAAUGGAGUUGACACACCUGUCACCAAUGCUGACCCUUCCCAUACCUUAACCUUUUUCCUGCAUGACAUACUCGGAGGGUCAAACCCGACGGCUGAAGCCGUGACAGGGAUAGUCAACAACCCAGCCAUCAACGGUCAACUCCCAUUUGCCAAGCCCAAUGGGGCAGUCCUUCCAGUCAGCAACGGUAAUAACGGUCUUACCGACAACAACAACAACAACAACAUUCCAUUCCUCACCGGCCUCAGUGGCGCCACAGCGGCUGUGAUGCAAAACAACGGAGGAUUUGGAAACGUCCCGGUCGUCAAUGGCGGUCAACUCCCGUCAGGUAACACCCUCCAGAAGCUCAUGUUUGGCACCAUGACCGUGUUCGACGAUGAGCUGACCGAGGGGCACGAGCUCCGGUCAGGAUUGGUGGGAAAGGCGCAAGGGUUCUAUGUGGGGAGCUCGGAAGACGGUACCGGUCAGACCAUGGCGUUUACCGUUAUGUUUGAGAGAGGGCGUUACGCCGAUAGCCUUAGUUUCUUCGGGAUCCAUAGGACUGCCGUGUCAGAGUCCCAGCUAGCCAUCAUGGGUGGGACUGGGAAGUAUGUUAACGCGAAAGGAUUUGCCACGGUUAAGACCUACGCGGAGACCAAUAAUCAGCAGCAUGAGACUGACGGCUUGGAGACGUUGCUGGAGUUCACUGUUUAUGUAACUUACUGAUGCGUUUGUGUUUGAGACAUCAAUAUUUGUGGGUUUUUAACUCUAUUGUGAUCCUAAGGAGGAUGACAUUUGAGGAUUUAAGCUCGAUCUUUAAAUAGCAAUGUUUUUAUUAUUUGUCAA